GGCCGGGCCGCCGUGGGCUCGCAGGGGCUAACAGCCAGUGCCAGCUGCUCACACCCACAGCAGGGCUGCUCACAGCCACCUGGCUUCUGGCCUUUGCUGACUUGUGGCCACAUCGUUUAAAUAGCAAACGUGCCUAGCUUUGCGUGCGUACAUAUAUAUGCACAUGCGUAUAUAUACAUAUACAUGCAUACCUACAGGUGGGAAAAGAUCACUUCACUUCCAGAUGACCAGCUGAAGGCUUAGAGCAAGACAUCUGGUUUUAGCCAUUGUGUGAGUCUAAGCAAGCAAGUGUUGACAGUUAAUUGUAAUGUUGAACGUUUAAUUAUGUCAUGCUUCCUCCUAGGGCUGUUGUGUAUUAAAUGCUUGUCUCUGGGUGCUACAGACAGAUUUGUGUUUAUAAAUACUUUGUGUAUAUAUGAAACUGUGCUAUAAACAAUUUGUAACUAUAUUAUAUUUUGUUAUAUGCACAUGCAAACUGAUUAUAGUGCAGUUUAAAAUAAGUUUAAGUGGCAUUUUAACAAUAUUGAGGUUUUGUCAGCUCUCAGUGGUGCUGUGUAAUUGUACAGAACAGGGGGGAAAGCCAGAUGGAAUAUUCAAACCUGUUACAAAACUAGUCUGCAAAUCAGGAGGUUGCAAGAGAUUAUAGCUGAGGACUGGGAAGGGGAGGUAAUUUUAGCUGUUAGGUGUACUGGAAGAGUUGAGAAGUCAAGGUGGUAGUAGUAGUUUAAUUUCCAUUUGUGUAGGUAUAUGGGAAGUAAGUUUUGACGAAGGGGGGUAAUACAUGCUUUUUGAACAGACAUCAAACCUCUGAUGGGAGAAGUGAGAACAAUAGACGUGUACCAAAUUCAUAAGUGUAGGGUUGAAUGGGAGAAAAGUGGAGUCGGCAAGAAAUGAGGGUAGGGAAGGGUUGGCUGGAUUUUGAUGAUCUCGUGAAAGAGGAAGAGGUCUUGGAUUAAUCUAUCAAGCAGAAGUCACGCAUGUGCAUCAGUAGCCUGCAUCUGAGCAUGUAAGACUUGAGGUGAGGGGGUACAGCUGUUGAAGGAUGACCUGAAAAAGUCCAGAGAAGAGCUAGUCUGAAAAAAGAUGGUUUGAUCAGGAGUUGCAUUCAGUGCUUUGAGAAUCAAGUCCUUCUGUUUAUGUGGGGAAGAGUUUGUAAGAACUUUUUCAUCCCUGUUUGAUCCUCCCCACAUGCUGGAGGAGUUCUCAAGCCUGUCGUCUUAGUAACAGUAUCCUUUACCACUCAGUAUUGUUAUCUCCAUCUCAUCUUAGCAUCUGUCCUGCUGUGCUAUAUAUAAUUGUGUUAAAAUCCAUGAAACAUGUGCAGUGGGUUUUUUGUGUGUAGCAGUGGUUUGGACUGAUCCUUGUUUUGAAAGCAGCAGCUUCUUUGCUUUGAAGAAGAAGCUGGCGCUGGAGGACUGAUUGCUGUGGUCCCUGUCAUCAGAGCUGCCCAGCACUGGGCUUCUCUUUUGUCUCUGUUGUAAUUAACUGUAGCCUCUUGUUCACUUGGUGUCCUUACCUGAACUGGUCCCUGUGCCCGCAGUUGCAGAAGUUUUGUGAAAAUAUGCAGGCUGUCACUUCAGCUGAUUUAUUCUGUAAUUUAUUUCAGUGUGUAGUGACCUACUGGAAGGUGACAGCUCCUUGAAAGGUGUGGCCUGGGACACUGCUAGAGUCAUUUUGAGAUUACAACAGUUAUAAAAACAAUUCUGAGAAGUCAUGUGAAACAUGGGGGAAAAAUUAAUCAGUUGGUUUGUGAGUCACUAGCUAAUUAGACCAGGAUUUACUUUUCCAAGUGGAGGCUGCCUUUUUAAAGUGAUCCAAAGUGCUAAUGUCAGCUGGUAAAACCUAAAUGUUUCCAUUUUCACUGAAGAAGCUCCAAGGUCAGGCAGAAGGCAGAUUUAACAAGGUGAUACCAGGAACAGGUGCAAUCAUAGCAGUUCCUUCAGGGAAAAAGGGAACAGGAAACAACAGCCUUGUCAGGCAUCUCCUGGUGAUGCAUGACCCGCAAUGGUUCUGUGGAAUGCAGGACAGAGGAAUCUCAGUAUCUUGUAUGAGCGACUUCCUCCUCACAUUAGAGCGCUUUCCCUCAUUUUGUAACCUAAAAGACAGAAGGGAAGAGUGAUACCAAUUUUUUCAUUAAUUUUGCACCAGUUGUGGAACACAAACUUGGCACCUCAUGCAGAUGUGUUUUCUCACAACAAUUUAUUUUAGGACAGGCCUUCUAAACUUUUUUUUUUGUGUGUGUUAAACUUUACAAUAAACUGGUCCUGAGAAAAUAAAAUUGGCUGUUUCUGCUUCAGUCUAAGUUCUUUCCUGACAAGUUAUUGUCUGGGACGUUAAGAAUACCUUUAACCACUUUUCUAUAAAGCACCCAGGAGGAAAUUAAUGGUCAGAGGGGAGCUCAAGUUGCUUGGUAUUUUAUUUGUCAUUUGACUUCCUAUUAUCUGGGACAUUACUAGAAAGUGGGAAGGAUUUGAUCAAUACAGGAGCUAAUGUAUGUGCUGAGGAUUGUGGUGCUUUAGGUUCUUGACCAAGUGUGGUUACAUUGAAGUUUGUCUUCCUGAUCUCAGCUUGAGGCUAGCUCUACACAAACUAGAUCUGAGUUAGCAGGGGGCCAGUGCUGCACCAAGAUUAAGAGUUGUAGCGUUCACGAUGACUCUGCAAAGACUGUCCAGUGCUCCUCCCUGCUUUCCCUUUCCCAGCCAGACCUGGGGCAGGGACUCCAGCGGGCCCCGCUAGAAGCCAGUUUUGCAGAACCGUUAGUCCAGGAUCAUCAGUCCCUGUAGUGGACCAUUAAGCAGGGUAGCAGUAGCUGCAUGGCGCUGGUGGGGCUCCCGAGCUCUGCCAGACCCAGGCUGGCUUAGCAGUGACUCAGCCUAGCUGCCUGCAUCCGUAGCAUGCUAACCAUAACCAUGUUGAACUGCCCAUCGGUCACUGAGUUGACUAUGCUUUAAUAUCAGAGAAGGCAAAUCCAUCAGUAAAUUUGGAUAAUUAAACUGCCAGUGGGUCGAUUCCAGGCCUGUUAGUAGUUCUGAUGAUAUGCAGUGUUCACUGAAUGUAUUUUUGCAUGCUACAGCACUCAGUCCUGUAGAUGGUAUGACAAGCUUAAGUAUCUUUUUGGUCCUUGAUCUCUGUGUUGUCAUAUCACACGCAUCUCCACAAAUUAUUUUGAUAUUUAAGAUCAGUUAUAUCCCAUCCUACUUGCUUCGGCGAAGUUGAAAUCAGGGCUUGUACACAAACGUCCCUUCAGACACUUGACAAUGCGAAUGAAAUCUAAUUUUUACCUCUUACCUUAGCUGCUGGGUAGGGGUGUUUUGAGCUCUUGAGUAGCUGUUGUUCCAAAUCAGUCAGCUAUGCUUUUGUCAUGCUUACCAUGGUAUUUUCCUAUAGUUUUUAAAGAGUUCUUAGGUUCUCCAGAUCUGCGGGUUUGAUGCUAGAGAAAUGUAUGAUAACAAUAGGGAAAGUAACUAGAAUACCUUAAAAUGUCUUUUUGAGGAAUGUUAUGCUGAGCUAGAAGUGCAGUCAAUGAUUACAUGGGUACAAAACGUCACCAGAAGGUGGAAUUCCUGGCUCACUGAAGGCAGUAGGAAUUUUGCCAUCGGGGGAAAUUCUGACCUUCUGGAGUUCAAAGGCUCCAUAGCCUUAAAACAAACAAACAAAGCCCCCCAAAUGCUGUGUUCAUGACUGUAGGAGUAAACAACAUGGGAUGUUUUUUUAUUGUAUUCAGUAGCUAUCCUUGACCUCACUUGUAGCAAAUUUUAGUGAAUUGGUCUUUAGAAAUCUGUUCCUUCUUAAAGAGGAAACUGUGCAUGGGAAGGUCAAAGCAGCUGGAGCCACAGCUGAAAACCACGUGCAUCAGGUUUAACGUCACUCUACAGGAAAGCGUCCUGGAAGCAGACAAAGCAAAGAGGAGGGUGUAGAUGCCCUCACCAUCUCCUGCUCUUGCACAAUAUGGGAAAGUAGCACGCCAACAGUCUGGAGCGUGGGAAUGGGGAACUGUACUCUGGCAAGAUGCUCUCUGUCUGGUGUGGCUGGAAGCCAGGGACUGGCUUACAUGAACAGCAGGAAGCUUGUAGUAAAUAGCUCCAGUGUCUUCACUGUCCGUUACUUCAGAACCACUGCAUUACGUAGGGAUGACGUGGUUACGGUGAACACACCAGCCUUUGCAGAGUCAGUCACAGAAGGAGAUGUCAGGUGGGAGAAAGCUGUUGGAGACACAGUGGCAGAAGAUGAAGUGGUGUGUGAGAUUGAAACAGACAAGACAUCAGUGCAAGUUCCAGCCCCAGCAGCUGGUGUGAUUGAAGCCCUUCUGGUACCUGAUGGUGGCAAAGUGGAAGGGGGGACACCUCUGUUCAAACUCAGGAAAACUGGAGCUGCUCCUGCCAAGGCCAAACCAGCAGCAGCCCCUCCUCCUCCUGCAGCCCCUGAACCUGUAGCUGCGGCUGCUCCUCCCCCUGCUGCAGCACCAAUUCCCACUACAAUGCCACCAGUGCCACCUGUGUCAGCUCAGCCCAUUGACAGCAAGCCAGUGUCUGCGGUGAAGCCAGCUGCAGCCCCAGCGGCAGCCCCUCCUGGGGAGACAGUGCCCAGCAAAGGUGCCAGAUCAGAGCAUAGGGUGAAAAUGAAUAGGAUGCGUCAGCGUAUUGCUCAGCGGCUGAAAGAGGCUCAGAAUACUUGUGCCAUGCUGACCACUUUCAACGAGAUCGAUAUGAGCAACAUCCGGGAGAUGAGAGCUGUACACAAGGAUACCUUUUUGAAAAAGCACAACCUGAAGCUAGGUUUCAUGUCAGCUUUUGUGAAAGCUGCAGCUUUUGCUCUGCAGGACCAGCCCGUUGUGAAUGCAGUGAUUGAUGACACGACCAAAGAGAUUGUGUACAGGGACUAUGUGGACAUCAGUGUCGCUGUAGCAACUCCCCGGGGUCUUGUGGUCCCUGUCGUUAGGAACGUAGAAAACAUGAACUUUGCUGACAUAGAACGUGCUAUCUAUGAGUUGGGGGAGAAGGCACGGAAGAAUGAACUGGCCAUUGAAGACAUGGAUGGUGGCACUUUCACAAUCAGCAAUGGAGGGGUUUUCGGGUCACUCUUUGGGACACCUAUCAUUAACCCCCCCCAGUCUGCCAUCUUAGGCAUGCAUGCCAUCUUCGACAGGCCUGUGGCUGUCGGGGGCAAGAUCGAGGUGCGGCCCAUGAUGUUUGUGGCACUGACGUACGAUCACCGGCUGAUUGACGGCAGAGAGGCAGUGACUUUCCUGCGCAAGAUCAAGGCAGCGGUGGAGGAUCCCCGCGUGCUGCUGCUCGACCUGUAGGGCAGCUGCACCCCCACAGCACCCACCCAGAGCAGGGCCGCAGCACCAGCAAGGGCAAUGCAGGGCAUUCAGGAACUGGCAGGGGUCAUUCCAGUCUCCCUCCCUCCGCUGUGGUUGGAGCUGUCCCAGAGGGAGUUGUGGGGAUAGCUCCUACCUCCUUUCCUAUUCUGUUUAACGAAGGUUCAGUUUCUCAUGAGGAUUGCUGUGCGGUGGGCCAACCACUGAACGGCACUGCCUUUCCAGA